AUUUUGCUUCCCCUUUCCAAUCGAGUUGCCAUCGCUCCGGGCGAGAGGAAGGGGGCGGGUGGUGCGCGCGCGCUCUCCCUCGAUCGCCGGCUUCUCUUCGCUUUCUCGGCUAAUAUGCUGGAGACCGACCCUGAGAACGCCAAGCGGUUCGCACCUCCUCCUUCCAGGAAUCGAUCCCUCAAUCGGCGCAAGUCUGGAGAUAGAUAUGAUAAACCUAAUUACUCACAGGCAUCUGAAGGUGAAAGGAAUCAUGCAUCUUAUCCUAGGAACUUUACUGCAGUAGAGCGCGGAGAGAUCCCCAUCAGUAAUAUUGCAAAUGAAAACACUCGUUCUAAGUUAAUACCUCUAGAAAGGUGUUCAUCCAGUGAAGCUGUGCAAUUUUUAGCUGAACGUUGGGCCGCUGCAGUGCAUCUAUUGGAUGAUCCAUCCACUGAUGUACUUGAAAAGCCAGUUGUGUACUCGGGAGCCAGCGGAUCAUCCUGGGUCCACUCUAAGCUUCCCCAACAGAUGGACUUUCUUGGAGAAUUACAACGCAAGAUCCAGAGAACUAAUACUAGUGCGUGAUCUGUCACCGGGAAUUUUAUUUUCAAAGAACCUCAUUUGAAUUACAGUGUCAUGAAACUGCGACAUAGAAUUUGUAUGGAAUUAUGCUCGUAUGCAUACUAAACCUAAUUCAGGUUAUUUUCAUAGAACUAGAUGGAGAUGAGCGUUGCAAUGCCCUUCGAUGUUGUCGCACGCUUGGCUUGCCUGCAGUCAAUAUGGAAUGAUUGUAUUGCGUUUCAGAUUUGUUAUUCUGUUGCUACUCGUUGUAAUAGGAGCUUUAUUGAAAAUUUAAGAUGUCCCGGUGUUCUGGUUGUUGA